GAGUCGCUGCUGGAAGGAGUCACGUAUCCGCCUCCAUGGCUUGGUCAAGCAGCUUCUUAUUUAUUGUGCUGCCGCUGGCCGCCGCCGUUGCUGUCCAGCCUCAGGAUACCGAGCUCACCUUCCUGCUGCCGGCGGGGAGACAAGAAUGUUUCUACCAGACCACGCUGUACAAUGGCAGUAUGGAGAUAGAGUACCAGGUGAUCGGCGGUGCUGGCCUAGAUGUGGACUUCUCGGUCACUACUCCCUCGGGGAUCUUGCUUAUCAUGGAGAGACGGCGAUCGGACGGCGUGCAUACCGUGGAGCCGACCGAGGCUGGUGACUACAUGAUCUGUUUCGAUAACUCCUUCAGCACCAUCUCAGAGAAACUGGUUUUCUUUGAGCUCAUAUUCGACAAUCAGCAGGGGGACGAGGAGCCAGAUAGCUGGGCGGACGUCGUGGAACCUGAUGAGCUUCUGGACAUAAAGCUGGAGGACAUCAAGGAGUCCAUAGAGAGCGUGAAGUCCAGGCUGGAGCGCAGUAUCCAAAUGCAGACGGUACUUCGCGCCUUCGAGGCGCGAGAUCGGAACCUCCAGGACAGCAACCUCGAGAGAGUGAACUUCUGGUCAGCCAUCAACGUCGGCGUGUUGGUCACGGUGGCCUUCCUGCAGGUGUACAUGCUGAAAAGCCUCUUCGACGACAAGCGCAAGAUCCGGACUUAAUGCUCGUGGUGUCUCCGGGCGGGAGCGGGAAUAUCUGGCGCUUCCGCCACCUUGAACGUCUUCCGUUUACCUUUGAGGACAUUGGAUGAUGGAGAUGCCUCCCAUGAUCAUGAUUUUAUGGGAAGAACCGUACAACAAAAUUUACAAAAUGGGUGGAAAUCCAUUUUUACUUGUAGCAGAGAUCUUAAAGCAAUAACGACCUGUAAUUAUCCUGUUUGCCUAAGCACCUCAGAUAUAUGGCCGCCCUGUCUGUCCCAGUCCCAACGCAUCUAGCAGCAGAAGCCUCUCGUGGAGUAGGGGAGCUUACUAUAUACGUACUUGAAGGGUACAAGGACACUUGGAGAGAUCACACCUGGGUUUGUAGCCACCAGAUGGUACCUAUGGCUGCAUGUCUGCCCACAAUAUUGCCCUCUGAAAGGGCAAAGACUGUAGCCACAGCUUUCCAGGAACGGCUCGGUUCAGUAGUGGCUCUGGGUCACUGAGUCCUUCCCUAAUAGACUUGGUGCAAGGGUAACUACACAGACUGUUAAAGGGGUAGUUCACUUUUAGUAUGUUAUAUAAUGGCCUAUUUCUAGCAACUUUGCCAUUGGUCUUUCAUUAUUUAUAUUUUUAUAGUUUUUUUUUUUAGUUAUUUGCUUUCUUUCCUGCCUCUUUCCAGUUUUCAGAUGGGGGGUCGCUGACCCUGGCAGAAAAAAAUCUAUUGCUUUGUGUGGCUACAAUUGUAUUGUUAUUGUUACUUUUAAUUUCUUAAGGUGGCCAUACAUGUUAAGAUCCGCUCGCUUGGGAGGUCACCAUCGAGCGGAUCUUCUCCCGAUAUCCCCCACCUACAGGUGGGGGAUGUAGGGUGAAUUCAGGCUAAUUUGGGCAUUUGGCCCUGGGGCCAAAUGAUUGAAUUAGAACGCUGGUAAUAGGCGCCGUCGGUUUGGGGACCGCAUCAGUGAGCCGACGAGGUCCCCGAUCCGACUACAUUUUUUAACCUGCCCGAUUUCAGGCCAGAUAUCGGUCGGGCAGGCCCGUCGGUAGUGCCCAUACACAGGCCAAUAAGCUGGCGAAUCGGUCUAAGGGACCCAUAUCGGCAGCUACAAUCGGCCUGUGUAUGGCCAACUUUACUUCCCUAUUCAGUCCUUCACCUACUCAUAUUCCAGUCUCUCAUUCAAACCACAACCUGGUUGCUAGCAUUAUAAAGACCCUAGCAACCAGAUACUUGCUAAAGUAAGAGCUGCCGAACAAAAAGCUAAAUAACCAGAAUACAACAAAAAAUAAAGACUAAUUGCAAAUUGUCUCAUUAGAGUUAAAGUAGAACUACCCCUUUCCAGGCAGCACCGUGAUUGCAACACAAAGGCACAAUUUAGGGACGGGGGUUGGUACGACGGCGAUUGUGCGUUGGGAGCCCGUAGGCUGCAAUUCUCACCGAUUACCUGCCAGAUUCUGAUUGGACUGUUCCCAAGUGAAUUUUGUGGGUUGUGUUAUUUAUGUGGGAGGGGCCCAGUAUGGUGUGCAAGAGGUGCCAAUUGAUGCUAAAGGCAUAAAGGUGAAUGGGGGCUGUUUUUGGCCCUGCCCCCUAAGUGCCCAAAAUCUCCAUUGCCCCAAAAUGUCUCGUUUCCCCCCCCCGUCUGCACUGCCUUACUCCUCUCUCCCUCCUUUAUAAACACCCAGUAAAUUUGCACCUGGGCAGAAACCCAUAGUGACCAAUCAGAUGCUUGCUUUCAUUGUUGUACCUGCAGCCAGCUUAUAGGGGGUGGUUCACCUUCAUAUUAUUAUAUAUUCAAUAUAUUAUAGAAUGGCCCAUCCCUAGCAAGAUUGCAAUUGAUCUUUAUUAUUUAUUUUUUUUAUAGUUUUUAAAUGAUUUUUUCCUCUGCUACAUCUUUCCAGCUACCAAAUAGGGGGGUCACUGACCCCGGCAGCCAAAAACCAUUGCUCUGUGAGGCUACACGUUUUAUUAUUACUUUUAAUUUUAUAUUUUUCUGCUCGUCCCCUCUGCUAUUCAUAUUCCAGCCUCUCAUUCAACACACUGCCUGGUUGCUAAGGUAAACCAGAGUCUAGCAACCAAAUAGAUGCUAAAUAACUGAAAAACCACAAAUAAUAAAAGAUGAAAACCAAUUGCAAAUUGUCUCAAAAUACUAAAAAGUUAAUAUAAAGGUGAACAAAUCUGAUUACUGAUUGGUUGCUAUGAGUUACAGCCCUGGUACAAAUACGCCCAGUGUUUAUAAAAGAGAUCUGCUGUUUUUCAAGCACAAAGUAGAGCUGGUGUCACGCUCUGGCCAAUAGCAGCUGUUAAACUGUGACGGAAGGCGGGUUCAAGGCUCUGAUUGGCUGGUGAGAUUUACAUUGUAACCCCCAGUUUUGUUAACUUUCUGUUUUUAUACGGGGUGUGUGUGUGGGGGCUGUGCAAGCUGCCUAGGGGGAGAUUUUCAUAUGGAUCUUUACGUUUCACCCCCCUGACAAAGUUUGGGGUCGGGGGGCACAUUGGAAAUGUUCAUACAGCCUAAAGGUGGCCCUCCAUUAGGGACAGCCAGUUAGGGCUCAGUAUUAGCGGGGCGCCGAGGUACAGGAAUAAUAUAUAUCUCUGUGGGACACACAGACAUUGCUGCUAUGAAAGGAUUUUAUAUUUUUAUAAGACUUCAUAUCCGUGCCUCUCUAGCCCCUCCUCCCUCCCCACGUUGCUCAGAACAAACCCUCCCCCCCUAUUUCCACACGUUGGUGAUUUUUAAAUGGAAAUUGUUUUUAUAUAUUUGCGUGACCUCGUCAUGUGAUCAAUGUCAUUAACAGAAUGAUGCCGAAUGGAGAGAUUUCUAGACAAUUCGUCUUUAAUAAAUGGACGUUUUUGGA